AUGUCAUCGACAAGCACUAUUUUCACCGUCUCUACAAUCAUCCCACUGAACGACUCCACAAGUACGGAGACCAGAAAUGAAGAACAAAACAAAGYUCCUCAAACUAUAGCUUUAGUUUUUCUGAUAAUCCUGAGCCUAGUUGCUAACAUAAGUGUCAGCGUAGUGGURCUCAGAGAUAGAGAACUACGUCUGUCAGUACGAAACCUAGUUCUCGCAAGUCUUGCAUUUUCAGACCUUCUGAUGAACGAGGUGAUGUUAUUCUGUCUUUUAAGCUUGGUCGGAGUUAUCACUGACCUCCAGAAACAAGUUUGCACCGUGUUCACAAGGCUGCAUGGCAUUCUAGUGUAUGUAAACGUGCUUCAUUUGUUUAUUUUAAGCAUCGAUAAAUACGUGGCUGUUUUUUAUCCCUUACGAUAUGCGCAGAAAAUCACAGUUAAAAGACUUGUCAUGGGUUUAUGUGUGGUCUGGAUUGUUCCUGUUAUCACGAUUGGGCUUGCUCCUGAAAURAUGGAUGGAASACCUAACUAUCAUUCAUCGACCACCAUCGUGGAAUGCAUGAACUUUCCUGCUUACAGUACAAGCGAAAGACAGCGGAAUUAUAUAUUUUCAAAUGCAGUGUUCUUGUUUGGGAUUCCGUUGUUGUGCAUGCUUUUGACCUACUUAAAAAUCGCGAAAGUGUCUUGGUAUCAGUCCAACCGUGUUGAUCAUGAGCCGAGAAAUGUGGUGACAAGAUCUCCCAGUGCGAGAACCAGAGUGCGGGAAAUGAAGUGGGCAAAAACUAUAG